AUGGAAAAACCAACUAAUGGUAGCACGGCUGGAAAUCGGAUUAUUUAUAGUUGGAAUACUCAAAAGUGGGAAGAGAAGGAUAGUGUAGAAAAAAAUAAUAAUCCUCCCUCCGAGGUAAUUGAAGAAGAAAAAAAGAAAAUCCGACAGUAUCUAAAAGAAAACAGCAUUCAAAAAGUCAAAUAUUCAGUUGACUUACAAGUAGAAUAUACUAACAAAAAGACUAAAACUAUUCAUAUGGGUAGCAACGAAGAUAGACCUGAAUUUUGUUGGAUAAGAAGUUAUUUUGCUUAUCUAGAAGAAGAGAAAGGUGUGAGAAGAGAAGGACUUUUUUUUGGUCAAGAAAUUGAUAGUUCAAACA